CCCCUUCGACGCUUCGUCGCCUCCCUUCUUUCUCCAGUAAAAGCCAAGCAGCACUUCUCUUCUCUCUCUCUCUCCUUCUCCUUCUUCACCGGUCGCGAAUCUCCUUCCGGCGGCGAAUCUCUCUCUUAACGAGGUGUAAGUAUGCCCAAGGUGAAGACCAACCGUGUCAAAUACCCAGAAGGAUGGGAACUGAUAGAACCUACACUUCGUGAAUUACAAUCAAAGAUGAGAGAAGCUGAGAAUGACCCUCAUGAUGGAAAGAGAAAAUGUGAGGCUUUGUGGCCUAUUUUCAAGAUUGCUCAUCAGAAAAGCCGAUAUAUAUACGAUCUGUAUUAUCGGAGGAAAGAAAUCUCAAAAGAGUUGUAUGAUUUCUGCUUGGACCAAGGUUAUGCGGAUAAAAACCUGAUUGCUAAAUGGAAGAAGCCUGGUUAUGAGCGGCUCUGCUGCUUACGGUGCAUCCAGCCUCGGGACCACAAUUUCGCUACCACAUGCGUGUGUCGAGUGCCCAAGCAUUUGAGGGAGGAGAAGGUGAUAGAGUGCGUCCAUUGCGGUUGCAGGGGUUGUGCGAGUGGAGAUUGAUCACUCACCUCCAAUGUGCGCAAUAAAUAUCUACUUUGUUUCUGCAUGCUCUUGGGGGACACGCUAGGAGUCAUUAGGUUCUCCAGAGUUUUAUGUUUAUUUCCGGGAAACUCUCCGGUGGAUGGAGUGUUGUAUGCUUAGCAUUUGACUGGGAAGACCAAUCGACCGACCCGAGACAAACUCAGUUGACUUUAUAUUGCUUAUCUACUCACUCCUUCCAAUUCGCGGAA